AUGUACCCGUCAGGUCCUCAGGGGUCAUAUAGAGCCCGUUCCAGGGGGUACGAUGGACAGCGACCGAGUGGCGGCUAUUCCAACAAGUACGAUACCCGCAAAUCUUACCAUUUACAGAAAAAUCACAACUUCAGCAAUAGAAACUAUACCACUACUAAUACCAAUACUAAUGCUGCCUACAACCCGUCUGGAUCCUCGUCAUCUUUGACAUAUCGCUCUAGACAGGACUUGUAUCAGCAGCAGAACGUAUCAAGGCUGCUGUAUGACCAGCAGUAUCAAAUGUGGAUGGGAGAUUUGGAUCCCAACUGGACAGAACAAAUUAUUGGAGAUAUGUGGAGUACUUUGGUGGGCCCUCCUAGUUCUGUUAAAAUAAUGCGAGACAGAAUAAACCCGCUGAAACCUUCUUAUGCCUUUGUCACUUUUAACUCCCGAGAGGCGCUCGACUUGGCAGUACAAAGGAACGGUCAAUUGGUACCCAACUCCCAGCAAAGAUUCAAGCUAAAUUUUGCCACUAGCAAAAACAACGUCAAUACAAAUUUCAGUUCCAAUACCGGUACCAACAGCAAUACCGGUGAGUAUUCCUUGUUUAUUGGAGACUUGGCACCUGAGGUAACAGAAGCUGUAUUGUUUUCCAAAUUCGAUUCAAAGUAUCCAAAACAAAUCAGAAAUGCAAGAGUUAUUAUAGAUCCGACAACUAAAAAGGGAAGAGGAUUCGGGUUUGUUAAGUUUUUUGCCGCUGAUGUGAUGAACAAAGCGUUGACAGAAAUGCAGGGGCAAAUGAUUGGCUCGAAGGCUAUCAGAGUUGGGAUUGCCGCGGGAUCUGAAGUGACACAUCCUGUAAGUUCAGAAGCUAGAAAUGAAUAUCAGCGUAUCCAUAUUCCUCAAAGUUAUCCCGAUAUCAAUCCAAAUACUGAUGAAAACAACACUACGAUAAAGAUAACGGGGUUGUCUUCUAAGUUUACAGAGAAGGAGCUAGAACAAUACUUUAUCUGCUUUGGCGAUAUUGUUUACUGUCGGCUUUCUAAUGAUUUGCGAACAGCACACAUUAAGUUUCUUCUCCGUUCAUCAGCAAAUGCUGCUAUGACACACUUGAAUGGUAUGACUAUAAAUGAAUGUCGUGUUAAAUUAAACUGGGGAAAUAGUACACAAGUUGAAGGAGGCCCAAUAAAUUUUGAGGCAAACACCAAUGUUGCUUAUGAAAAGAGCGAACCAAUACCUUUAGUAUAUUUUUCACGAGAUUACCCAGCUCAGAGAUUGGACCAGUUAGAUGAAGAGCAAAUUAGUGAGUUUAUUCAUAGAAAGGAUAGCAGCCAAGUGUCAGCGACUAGGCAAAUCAAUGCUCUAUACCUAGAUAAAAAAUUAGCACGCGAGGCACUUUUAUCAUGA